AUGGCUCUCGCCCACCAGAUCACCAACCAGCCGCUCCUCUCCUCCCCGCCGUGCCUCCCAAGAACCAACGGUAGCAAUGCGCGGACGGCGAGGGCGCCGUUUCUUGGCCACAACUGCUGCCUGAAGCUUCGGGAUACGGCGAGGAGCUGCGUCGUCGUCCGCGCGUCUCCGUCGGCUCAGGCGGAGCCCAAGUCCGGAGAUGGGGACGGGGAUGGAGGCCAGGAGCCGUACGAUGAGUACGAAGUGGAGAUCCUGAAGCCGUACGGGCUCAAGUUCGCCAAGGGCCGCGACGGCGGCACCUACAUCGAGGCCAUCUUCCCCGGCUCCUCCGCCGAGCAGAUCGGCAAGUUCACCGUCGGCGACAAGGUUAUUGCCACCAGCGCCGUUUUUGGAGAGGAAAUCUGGCCGGCGGCAGGGUACGGCCAGACCAUGUACUGCAUCCGCCAGCGAGUUGGCCCUCUCUACAUGAAGAUGCAGAAGAAAUUUGGGAAAUGGGACGGUGCUGCUGAGCUCUCUGACAAGGAGGUCAUCAGGGCUGAAAGGAACACCGGAAAUGUCAGCACUAAACUCAGAGAGAUUCAGAUGCAAAAUUACCAGAAGAAGAUGGAGCAGAAGAUCCAAAGAGAAGAUGACCUUCGCAUGGGGCUAAAGCUGUACAAGGAUGGAAAAUACGAGGAGGCGUUGGAGAAGUUCGAGUCGGUGCUGGGGUCAAAACCAGAGAUUGAUGAAGCUUCCGUAGCCAGCUACAAUGUCGCGUGCUGUUAUUCAAAGCUCGACCGGAUACAAGCUGGUCUUUCUGCACUUGAAGAAGCGAUGAAAGCAGGCUAUGAAGACUUCAAGAGGAUUCGCACCGACCCGGAUUUAGCAAACUUGAGGAACUCGGAGGAGUUCGCCACCCUACUAAACAAGUACGAUGAAUCAUUUAUCAACGAGAACGCCAUCAAUGCUAUCAAAUCCAUAUUUGGAUUCGGUAAGAAGUGAUGACCUCCUAUCGAUUGCACACAUCUACUUGGUCUUGCAGUUUUAGUUUUAGUUUGUUCUUGCUGAGACUUGGAGAUAUCUCCAGGAAUGUUUUAAGCCUUCCUUUGUACUUCAACCAUUCUAUGAACAUACACUUUGUACAUAACAAUGGCAAUCCUCCAUUCGGAAAGCAAAGGCCAUGUACAGGAAAUAUGUUACCAUCGUGCUUGUAAGUUGUGACGUACUAGCUAUCGUGCUUGAGGUACCAAUCGGAAUGUGGAUAUAUUUUCUGGUGAA